CGCCUGGCGUCGCCGGAGGAAAGCCAAGAAAGACCACGGGCUUCGGUACUGGCAGUAGCAAAGUGGCAGCAAGAAGCAAACAGUCUUUGGUGGUUGAGGCCCGUGUGUUCUCGAGUAGCGCGGCUCCGUUUCAGUCGCGCGGAAGCAGCCGACCGUUGCACGUGCUUACAGAUCGGACGACAAUCGCCGUCAUCCAUGGGUUACCAGUAUCUAUUCUCGCAUCUGGAUACUCUGAAUUGACAACGUGAAAUAUGGAAAUGUACGAUAGUCCAAACAUGAAGAAGAACAACCUACACGACGAGAUGACGCUCAAGGAGCCUCAUAGAAAUGGGAGUACAUAUGGAGCUUUCCAGUCGAAGGAUCCCAUUUUGGAGAUCGAGAAGAGUGGUGAUCUCGAAGGCGGAACCAACGAGCAUGGGAUUUCCGUUAAUCAUCCGACCUCGUAUUUAGAAACAAUGAUGCACCUGUUCAAAGGUAACGUCGGCUCGGGUAUAUUUGCGUUGGGGGAUGCCUUCAAGCAUGCCGGACUACUACUGGCUCCACCACUUACGAUCAUCCUAGGGGUCAUUUGUGUUCAUGCGCAACAUAUUCUUGUAAAGUGCAACGAGGAGGUGAAGCGGCGAGUGAACGAUCCAAUUGCUGCGUCCGGAUUCGCCGGUACCGUGGAAAUGUGCUUCGCCACCGGACCUCUCUCACUCCGAAAAUACUCCGUGCUUAUGAGAAAAGUGAUUAAUGUGUUUUUAUGUGUCACGCAACUCGGAUUUUGCUGCGUUUAUUUCGUUUUCAUUAGUACGAAUAUGAAGCAGGUGUUAGACGUGUACGGAAUCGAGAUGGACGUUCAUCAACACAUGGCUGUGGUCCUGAUCCCCAUAAUGCUGAGCACGUGGAUCAGGAAUCUGAAGUACCUAGUGCCCAUCUCGUCGCUGGCGAAUUUCCUAGUGAUCGCAGGAUACAUCGCCACCAUGUAUAUAAUGUGCCGCGAUCUGCCGCCCAUUCGCGAGAGGGCAUACGUGGCCAAGUGGCACGAUCUGCCUCUGUUCUUUGGCACUGUGAUAUACUCUUUUGAGGGUAUUACGCUGGUUUUACCUCUUAAGAAUGAAAUGAAGAAACCGAGUAAUUUCAAUAAGCCGUUGGGAGUCUUAAAUGUCGGUAUGGUUAUUGUGGGCGCCAUGUUCGUCGCGAUGGGUUUCGUAUCUUAUUUAAAAUACGGCGACGAUGUGGCCGGAUCUGUCACGUUAAAUCUCGAAUCGAAAGAAGUGGUGGAUGGAAAAAUCGUCGUCGUGCAUUCAAGUUUACCUCAGUGCAUAAAAGUUGCCAUCUCGUUAAGUAUAUUGUUCACGUAUGCACUGCAAUUUUACGUUCCUGUCGCGAUCAUGUGGCCAGCAAUCGCGAAACAAUUUGGCCCGUUCAGGUGGCCGGUCCUAGCUGAGACUGUUUUUCGUUCUGUGUUAUGUUUGCUCACGUUUGUCCUAGCUGAAGCAAUACCCGAACUCGGCCUGUUCAUAUCGCUGGUGGGUGCAGUCAGCAGCACCGCGCUGGCUCUCAUCUUUCCACCGAUCAUCGAAAUGGUCGUCUGUGGUCAGAACGCAUCCCUUGGGAUGUUCACCAUGUCAAAAGACAUCGUGAUAGUGCUGAUCGGGCUGUUAGGUUUCGUCACUGGAACGUACGAAAGCAUCACCUCGAUCAUUGCCGCGUUUAGCAAGUAAACUAAGUCCUAGCGUUGUAAAAAGAAAGGGAAAAAAGCGAAAGUGAGCCAAAA